GAGCCGUGGGGCCCGCGGGUCGUUGCGCAGCCUCGGCCGCUGCUCCGUCCGGCCGCUGGGCCGCAUCUCCGGGGAGAUGGCAGACGCGGCGGAAGCCUCGGAGAGGCACUGCUGGGUCUGUUUUGGCACAGAGAGCGAUGACCGCUCAGCUGAGUGGGUCUGCCCCUGCCGCUGCAAAGGCUCCACCAAAUGGAUCCACCAGGCCUGCCUCCAGCGGUGGCUGGAUGAGAAGCAGAAAGGCAACAGCACAGGCAGUGUGAGCUGCCCACAGUGUGGAACCGAGUAUCACAUUGUCUUCCCCAAACUAGGACCCUUGGUGUAUUUCUUGCAACAAGUGGACCGAGUUUUAUCCAAAGUGAGCCCCUUCGCUGCAGCUGGCAUUGUCGUGGGGACACUCUACUGGUCGGCUGUUACAUAUGGGGCUGUCACCGUCAUGCAGGUUGUUGGUCAUAAAAAGGGCCUGGAUGUGAUGGAGCGGGCAGACCCCCUUUUCUUGCUCAUGGGGCUCCCCACCAUCCCUGUCAUGCUGGUGCUGGGCAAGAUGAUCCGCUGGGAAGACUACGUGCUGCGGGUGUGGCGGAAAUACUCCAGCAAGCUCCAAGCCCUGCAGGCCUUGCUGCCAGGGAUCAGCCGCCCUGUUCCGCACAUCCCUCUUGCUGAGUCGCGCUACCAGAGUGACCACCUCUCCAUCUCGCGCACGCUGUGUGGGGCCCUGGUCUUCCCCACCAUUGCCAACCUAGUUGGCAGAGUCACCUUCCGCAGGGUGAACUCCAGCCUCCAACGUACCAUCCUGGGAGGCAUUGCUUUUGUGGCCCUGAAGGGAGCCCUGAAGGUCUACUUUCGCCAGCAGCAGUACCUGAUCCAAGCCAACCGGCGCAUCCUCAACUUUGUGGAGAAAGAGGACAUGGAAAGAAGGAACUCCACUCAGCUGGAUGAGGACAGCGGCAGUGAAGCAGGGCUCAGCUAGGGCAGGAAAGGCACCCAGGCACGCUCAAGGGAUACACACACUGCUCCAAAGCCCUUCAAAAGAAACUGGAUUCCUCUCUGGGAUAGAUUUUAGGCCAGUCGGCUCCGCUCCCAAGAGGAAGCACUCGGGGCUUCGCUGCUGUGGAUUGCGGUGAGGGCGAGGUGCUCCAUUUAGGCCAGACUGGGCAAAGUCUGCUUCUUCUUAAGCUGGUGGUUUAUCGGCAGUCUGGCUCUUUGACUCUCUUCUGCCUGGUUGCUCCCCUUGCACGGGUCUGUGCUCUGAUCGCUUUGUAAACCAGGAGUUAAAUAAAAUAAGAGAGUCAA